AUGGCCGCCGUUCAUCUCGUCCUCGCGGUCUGCCUUUCAUUACCCCCUCUCCUGUUCUUUGGGUUCGUCUGGCUUCGACCGACCCGCCGCACGAUAGGGGAAAUCGGAAGUAUUUCUGCUACUUCCGUUCAGAUAGUCGUCCUUGGGGAUAUUGGACAUAGUCCUAGAAUGCAGUAUCAUGCGCAGAGUGUAGCAAAGCAUGGUGGGCGUGUAACAAUUAUCGGAUAUCAAGUGUCUCCUCCCAAUCCAGAUCUUCUAUCAGACCCUCUCGUGACCAUCGUUCCCCUUCCUCCGCCCCCCGUUUUACUACAGACGAACAAUGCUGUGUUAUUCCCGCUACUCAGUAUCCUGAAGGUCAUUCAACAAAUUUGGAGCUUGUGGAUGGCCCUUACUUAUUCCUCUGAUCCGGCAGAAUGGAUGAUUAUUCAGAACCCCCCUGCAAUUCCAACCCUACUUCUUGCUCUCCUCACUUGCUGGCUGCGAAAUAGCCGGUUGAUUAUUGAUUGGCAUAACUUCGGUUUCUCGAUCCUAGCCCUGAAACUGGGCCAGAGUCACCCAAUGGUCUGGCUCAUGAAAUGGUAUGAAAUGACACUUUCCCGUAUGGCUUUUGCCCAUUUUUGUGUGAGCAACGCCAUGGCCAGCAUUCUACGAGCAAAAAUGAACAUUGGCAGCACAGUGCUAGUCCUCCACGAUCGCCCAGCAUCAUUAUUCCAACCAAUUACAAAUCAAAAGCAAAGGUUUGAAUUUCUUACUUCACUCCCAGAAACAAGAGAAUUUGCGCAUCAUGCCCUUUCAGGUAAAAGCUCUGAGCUCCUUGUCAGUUCUACCUCUUGGACUCCUGAUGAGGAUUUCUCUUUGCUUCUCCAAGCCCUCUGCCAAUACUCUACCUAUGCGACCACGACCAAUACAAGCCUCCCGGAACUCCAUGUUAUCAUCACUGGAAAAGGUCCGCAGCAAAGAAUGUACCUUCAAAUAGUUGAGAGUUUGAUCGAAACUGGAAAGUUGAAAAAAGUCAGCAUCACAUGUGCCUGGCUUACCAUAGAAAACUAUGCAAGGCUCCUUGCUUGCUCUUCUCUUGGAGUAUGUCUCCAUACUAGCAGUAGUGGGGUGGAUUUACCGAUGAAGGUUGUAGAUAUGUUUGGUGCUGGCCUUCCAGUGGUUGGCUGGAACAAAUAUGAGGCUUGGGCAGAGCUUGUAACUGAGGGAGUAGACGGAAGGGGUUUUAGUAGUGCUGAGGAGCUCUCGAAACAACUUAUCGACCUUUUCGGUCAGGACCGGUCCGAUUUGGAAUCUCUUAGACACGGCGCAAGGAACGCAAGCAGAAGGCGAUGGGGUGAUGAAUGGGACUCGGUUGCAGGAAAACUCUUGCGGUUGGUUUAA